GCCAUUUUGGCUCAAGUUUGCCUCCCCUCGUGCCGGUCGCCAUUUGCCUCCUGGCCGCCACUGGCCCCCGCUCCAGCCAGUCCGGGUGCCUGCCGCUUGGGAGGCGUGGCGCGGGAGGGCGGGGGCCGCUGCCCGUCCGAGGCGCUAGGCGGGCUUCUGGGCGGCGCGGAGGUGGCGGAGCAAAGGCGCGGCAUCCUCCCAGCGCCGGCGGCACUGCUCGAGGGGCGCUCUCCUUGGUGGCUGCCGAGGCGGAGCAGGGACGUGGCGCUUCACUCUCUUGCGCCGGGCAGCGCCGCCAUCGACACGGCGGGUGCGUCCAAUCUUCGGAAGGCUCAGCACGGGCCUCGACUCGAGUCCAGAAUCGGCGUCCUCGCGAAGCAUGCCGCGCCCUUCGUGCCUGGCGGCGGGUACUGGUGCGGGCUGGCCGACGUGGAUUCGUCGUUUCAUCACUUGGCGGAGGAGCCCAACUUUGUCGCGGGAGCAGCUUCCGGACAGCAGUGCGUCCCUCACUUCAUCGACGCAGCGGUGGGAACUCUGGCUGGCCUGCAGGUUUGGUUCCGUCAAUCCACAAGCAAGGCCUCUGGGAGCCAUUUUGCGAGUCCUGCGAUCCUGGCCCUUCCCAUCUCACGGUCGAGGAGCAGGAGGCGGAAAGGCUGUCUACGCAAGUCGCGCCCGCGCUGCGUCGAGGAGAGCCUGCGUGCUCCGAUGGGCCCUUGUUGGGGUGCGCUGCCAUGGUGCCACAUGAAGGGUUAUUGGUGCGCGCCGGCGUGGGCGCCUUUUCCGUCCAGCUGUGGUGGCACCGUCGUGGACGCGGAGUGCAAGACUGCCUCAGGCGAUGGUGAGGGCUUCCACAGCGUGUUCUUCAUGGUGGUGGCGUCCAUCUUUCCGGCUGCGAGGGGGGGCCAUCUGGAGACGUGCGCCGUCGUCCACGUGUUCCAGGCCAUCGACGCUUUCAUCAUCCCGUCCUUCGUGGGGCGCACGUGUGCCUGUUGUUUUGUCUUCAUCGCUGGGACCGACGGGUCGGACUCCGAAGCGCUCUGGUGCAGGGGUUGCGACGUGCUCAUCUGCUCCCGGUACUGGCCUCCGAAGCUCGAGCAGCGGCUCGCCGCUGCGAUGGAUACGAUGUGAAGUGCCUUCCCCGUGGGCUGCAUGGCCCUGGUGUGGGACCAUGGCCAGGAGCACUCGCUUUCCCUGUUCGGCAUCGUCGGCGUCAGCUCUGACCCCGCGUGCCUCGUCAAGUUCACGGGGCGCGCGUGCCUGGAGUUCAUCGUCUUCGGCGGGGUCGUGCACGGGAGGCGGGGAGGAGUGGUGCGGCGGCAGAAC